CAUUGAAACACUUUCGAUAAUUUUUUUAUAUCAAAUUGGUGUUAGUUGGUAGAGAAAUGGCGUUCAUCGGAGAUGUUACUGCUGAUCAACUGCUAGCUGGUUCUAGUGUACUGACCAGACCCGCGGAGGAAUUUAGUAAUGAUCCUUCUGUGGAAGCUAUGUGGGCAAUGAAAGCAAUGGAGCAUGCUGAAGUUUACUUUAAUAUUUUGUGCUCUGUUGAUCCUAAACUUUUGAAGCUUACUCCUCAUGAUGAACAGAUAUAUAAAACCUUUAGAGAAAUUUUUCCCGAUCUUAAGGUGGAUAAGAUAAAUGAAGAUGAGUUAAAGUCAGAAGAAGGAAAAGUGAGGUGGAGACCAUUUUGUGAACAGUUCAAAGGGCUUGUGGAAGAUUACAGUUUUGGUACAUUGUUGAGGGCAGAUUGUGAAGGAGAUUACUCAGAAGAAAACAGUAUACUCACAACUAGAAUACAAUUUUAUGCCAUUGAACUUACCAGAAAUAGAGAAGGAUAUAAUGAUGGUAUCAGGAAAAAAUACAAACCAAAACGGAUUACAGAAAAAUUAUAAUUAUAACAAUUACGAUACUCUAAUAUUCUAUGUUUAAAAAAAAUAUUUGAAUAGCACGUAAUUUUU